CAGACGAAAUGCAAGGCUACCAGAGCUCCAUGUCGAUGUCAGGUGGUAGAUAUGGAGGAGGCCAACGUAGCAGCAGUUACUCCAUGCAUGGUGGAGGCGGUAACGUCAGAAUCUCCUCUGGCGCCUCCAAAUCCCUGUACAGUGCUGGUGGUUAUGGUGGCAGCAGCGGCUUUGGCUUCAGCAGUGGAGCUGGUGGAGCUGGUGGAGCUGGUAGUGCUGGCGGUGGCUAUGGCUUCAACUUUUCUAGUGGAGGAGGUGGAGGUGGCGGUGGAGGUGGCGGUGGCGGCGGCGGUGGAGGUAUGGUCGACAUCUCUGCCAACGAGAAGGCCACCAUGCAGAACCUGAACGACCGCCUGGCCUCAUACCUGGAGAAGGUCCGCAAGCUUGAGGCCGCCAACCUUGAGCUGGAGCUGAAGAUCAGGGAGUUCCUGGAGAGCAAGACCUCCCCCUCCGCCAGAGACUACAGCGCAUACUUUGUCAUCAUCGCAGAGCUGCAGGGAAAGAUCCAGGAUGCUAUUAAGUUGAAUGGAGGCAUCUACCUCUCCAUUGACAACGCAAAGCUGGCUGCUGACGACUUCAGGCUCAAGUACGAGAACGAGAUGGCCAUGCGUCUGUCUGUUGAGGCCGACAUCGCCGGGCUCAGGAGGGUCCUGGACGAGCUGACUAUGGGCCGGUCCGACCUGGAGAUACAGAUCGAGGGCUUGAAGGAGGAGCUGAUCUUCCUCAAGAAGAACCACGAGGAGGAGCUGCUGGCGAUGAGAUCUCAGAUGAGCGGCCAAUUGACCGUGGAUGUGGACGCCGAUAAGCAAAUAGACCUCUGUGCAGUGAUGGACCAGCUGAGGGAGGAUUACGAACGCGACGCUGCCAAAAAACGCAAAGAUCUGGAGGCAUGGUUCCAGACCCAGACAGAAUCAAUGAACCAAGAAGUCGCUGCCAACACAGAAGUCGUCCAGACAUCCAGAACAGAGUUGAAAGACCUCAAGGGAGUGCUACAGGGCCUGGAGAUCGAGCUGCAGUCACAGCUCAGCAUGAAAGCAUCGCUGGAGGCGAGCCUAGCCGAGACUCAGAACCGCUACGCUAUGCAGCUGCAGGGUUACCAGAUGCGGGUGAGCAGUAUGGAGGAGCAGCUGAUGCAGCUGAGGGCCGACCUGGAGAGACAGGGAUUCGAGUACCAGGAGCUGCUGGACAUCAAGACCAGACUGGAGAUGGAGAUCGCCGAGUACAGGAGGCUGCUGGAUGGAGAGGGCGUUGGCAGCGGUGCUUGUUCGUCUCCGUCCUGCAGCAGUUCGUCCAGCUCCGUCGUGUCCUCCGGCAUGUCCGUCUCUGGCUCCGGAUCCGGAUCCAGCUCCAGCACCACAUCAUCUUCCACCACCACCAAAUUUGUGAAAACCAUCAUAGAGGAGAUAAAAGAUGGGGUCGUGGUGAGCUCCACCGUAGAGACCUCAGAGGUGAGUUAG